AUGACUUCGAAGCACCCACGCGAGGUGACUGAAGAGCUAGCCCGGCGCGAGGGGACCUUUACCGAUGAAUUUAUGCGAAAAGCAGAAGAAGAGGCAGAAAAUGGGCGGAAGGGAAUGCUGCAAGCAACCGAAUCUGGCGAGGAAAUUCGUGAAGACCUGAGAGAAGCAGUAGAAAUAUAUGUCAGUAUUGAAUGCAACGAGAAGGGUUUCUCCAGAACGAAUAUUGAGGCGAUAUGUCGGAGAGGCCAGAGCACUAAAGCACCUGGCCAAGGAUACACCGGCGAAAAGGGCAUCGGCUUCAAGUCGAUUUUCAAGUUCGCCAACAGGACACACAUACGCUCUGGUCCUUAUUACCUUGAGUUGGAUCAUAGGAGGGACCUUAGUAUGUUUACACCUCAGUGGGACGAAGACUUCUUUGAGAAGCACGAGAAAAAGUAUCAGACCACUAUCAUCCUGGAACGCAUCUGCAAUGAGUCGAAAGAUUCUUCAAGUGCGUUUAAAAUCGAUGUUGACGCAGUUGAUCCUGUCCUUAUCCUGUUUCUUCGGCGCAUAGUACGGUUACAUCUUACACUCUACAAGUCUCGCACAGAUCACAAGCCGGUCAUCUCAAAACGCUUCCGGCAUGUUGACUGGACGCCUGAUUCGGGCAUCGAAUCGCUCAAAGACGAAGAUACCAACAGGAUGCGUAGAUUUUACUAA